CUCAGGUCCCUUCCUGGCGCCGCCUGCCAACUACAGUUCCCAGUGGUAGGCCCUCCGCCUUCGCCCGUGUCCAUCACUGCGUGCGGAAGCACUGCCAUCAUGUCUGACAAAUUGCCCUACAAAGUCGCUGACAUCAGCCUGGCGGACUGGGGACGCAAGGUCAUGGACCUUGCGGAGAACGAGAUGCCAGGCCUGAUGCGCAUGAGGGAGAUGUACUCGGCCUCCAAGCCCCUGAAGGGCGCCCGCAUCGCUGGCUGCCUGCACAUGACUGUGGAGACCGCUGUCCUCAUUGAGACCCUCAUCGCCCUGGGUGCUGAGGUGCAGUGGUCUAGCUGCAACAUCUUCUCCACCCAGGACCAUGCAGCUGCUGCAAUUGCCAAGGCAGGCAUUCCCGUGUAUGCCUGGAAGGGUGAGACGGACGAGGAGUACCUGUGGUGCAUCGAGCAGACGUUGUACUUCAAAGAUGGGCCUCUUAACAUGGUUUUGGAUGAUGGUGGUGACCUUACCAACCUUAUCCACACCAAGUACCCACAGCUUUUGUCGGGCAUCCGAGGCAUCUCUGAGGAGACCACAACUGGGGUCCACAACCUAUACAAGAUGAUGGCCAAUGGGAUCCUGAAAGUGCCUGCCAUCAAUGUCAAUGACUCUGUCACCAAGAGCAAGUUUGACAACCUCUAUGGCUGCCGGGAGUCCCUCAUUGAUGGCAUCAAACGGGCCACAGAUGUGAUGAUUGCAGGCAAAGUGGCAGUAGUAGCAGGCUAUGGUGAUGUAGGCAAAGGCUGUGCCCAGGCUCUGAGGGGUUUCGGGGCCCGCGUCAUCAUCACCGAGAUUGAUCCCAUCAUUGCACUACAGGCUGCCAUGGAGGGCUACGAAGUGACCACCAUGGAUGAGGCCUGUCAAGAGGGCAACAUCUUUGUCACCACCACAGGCUGUAUUGACAUAAUUCUUGGUCGGCACUUUGAGAAGAUGAAGGAUGAUGCUGUUGUGUGUAACAUUGGACACUUUGAUGUGGAGAUAGAUGUCAAGUGGCUUAAUGAGAAUGCUGUGGAGAAAGUGAACAUUAAGCCCCAGGUGGACCGAUACUUGCUGAAGAAUGGGCGCCACAUCAUCCUGCUGGCUGAGGGCCGGCUGGUCAACCUAGGUUGUGCCAUGGGCCACCCCAGCUUCGUGAUGAGUAAUUCCUUCACCAACCAGGUUCUGGCACAGAUUGAACUUUGGACUCACCCAGACAAGUACCCCGUUGGCGUUCACUUCCUGCCUAAAAAGCUGGAUGAGGCAGUGGCUGAAGCCCACCUGGGCAAGCUGAACGUGAAGCUGACCAAGCUGACUGAGAAGCAGGCCAAGUACCUGGGUAUGCCCCGUGAUGGCCCCUUCAAGCCUGAACACUACCGCUACUGAGAGACAGGCCUGCUCUACACCUUUCAGCUGCUGUCCUUGCCCAGGCCCCGCCUCACCUCCCCAAGAGCAAAUGGCACCAACUCUGGGAUUGAUUUGUCUGUGUGCCCCUAUUGACUCCCAAGGGCUGUCACUCAGUCUGUGGCUUCUGCUGCAUCCCUCAACUGUUCCUAGUGUGGUAGGGGGCAUUGAGAGGGCUCUCCUCAAGGGCUGGUCGUGAUAGAGGGACACAUCUGCAGGAAACCAUGAGCUCAGAGGUCUUGGAACUGCUCACUAGUCAGUCCUUUAGGCUGAAAGUUGGUAGUGGUGGUCAGAAAACCCAUGUAUUUUAUCCUCUAGACUUUCACCUAGCCUAUGGGCCCAUGUUUUUGGUUUACAGAUUAACUAGUCCAUCAGACCAUGACAGAUGAGAAUAAGCUUUAUUUUUUAUUUUUCUGAGAUAGGGUCUUGCUUUGUCUUGUUGCCUUGAGUGUAGUGGUAUCAUCAUAGCUCACUUCAACCUCAAACUCCUGGGCUCAAGUGAGAUUAUCAGCUCAUCCCACCAUGUCCAGCUGAUUAUUUUUGUAAAGAUGGGGUCUCACUCUUGCUCAUGCUGGUCUUGAACUCCUGGCCUUAAGUGAUCUCCUGCUUCAGUCUCCCAAAGUGUUAGCAUUAUAGGUGUGAACCACCACACCCAACCUGAGAAGGAGCUUUAUUGAGGGGUAAGGAGGAACCAUUGGGAGUUUGAAUGUUCCCCAAAGCCUGGCUUUCUCUUAACCCUCAUAACAACGAGGUUGGUACUUUCAGUCCCUAUUUUAUAGGGGUUAGAGUAGACUGCUAAGGGACAACCAAGAAAGGAUAAGUGACAGCCAUAGGUUGGAGGGGGCCAGAAAAACAAAAGCUGGCAUAAAUCUGCCACUACUUUGUAACAUGAUGGUUCCUAUCCACAAACUUGGAUCAAAAAGAGAUUAAUUUGGUUUAUAAUGUUAAAAGAAACCACGAAGGUGAGUAAAUAAAAAUUUUGGUGCCUAAAAGAAU